AGUUGACACACCCGUCAAGAUUCUUGGACUCAUCCAAUGGCAGACGGGGAAACGUGGCGAAGAUAAUCAGCUUCAACUGUUUAAUUUAUCAGUAAAAUAUUUUCUUAUCAGUCUACCGCUUUUUUCUACUGCUUGAAAAAAAUAGAAAAUAAUAAUAUUUCAUAAAUAUUUUCUUAUAACACAACUGGUAAAUAUACUUUAUUCAUUAUUUAAAAUUCUCUUAAAAAUUGUUGAAAAAAUGUUGAUUCAUCAAUGUUCUCUUCAAAAAAAUGAUAUUAAACGUAAAUUUCCUACCUUGUAGAUAAGAUAGUAUUGCAUGAAUGGCUUAUCUAAACAAAGUUAAGAAAGUUUGCUGUAUUGGUGCAGGCUAUGUUGGAGGACCAACAUGUGCUGUUAUUGCUGCAAACUGCCCUGAAAUUCAAGUGACGGUAGUCGAUUUAAGUCAAACAAGAAUUGAUCAGUGGAAUUCUGAUAAUCUACCCAUUUUUGAGCCCAGUCUGGACGAUGUUGUUGGCAAAGUACGCGGAAAAAAUCUCUUCUUUACAACAAAUAUUGAUCAAGGAAUUUUAGAUGCUGAUCUUAUCUUUAUCUCAGUUAAUACACCAACUAAACAUUUUGGUAUUGGAAAAGGUAGAGCAGCUGAUUUAAAAUAUAUUGAGGCUGCUGCUCGUCGAAUUGCUAAUGUUGCUGUCACUGAUAAAAUAGUUGUUGAAAAAUCAACUGUUCCCGUAAAGGCUGCUGAAAGUAUCAUUAGGAUUUUGAAGGCUAAUCAUAAACAGGAUGUUAAAUAUCAGGUUUUAUCUAAUCCUGAAUUUUUGGCUGAAGGAACUGCCGUUAAAGAUCUUAUGCGUCCAGAUAGAGUAUUGGUUGGUGGAGAAGAGACUGACGAAGGUAGGAAAGCAGUUGAAGCUCUUUGCUCAAUUUAUAAGCAUUGGAUUCCUGAGGAGAGAAUUAUAAAAAUGAACGUUUGGAGCUCGGAAUUAUCAAAAUUAGCUGCUAAUGCAUUUCUCGCACAGAGAAUUUCUUCAAUAAAUGCCAUAUCAGCGAUAUGUGAAUCCACUGGAGCCAACGUCAACGAAGUCGCUCAUGCCGUUGGAACAGAUACAAGAAUAGGACCAAAAUUCUUGAAAGCCUCCGUUGGUUUUGGCGGAAGCUGUUUUCAAAAAGACGUCUUGAAUCUAGUUUACCUUUGCGAAUGCUUGGGUCUGCCAGAAGUUGCUACAUAUUGGCAACAAGUUAUCGACUUGAAUGAAUUCCAGAAGAAACGAUUUGCCAAUCAAAUAAUACAAGCGUUGUUUAAUACUGUUACCGGAAAAAAUAUCACUAUAUACGGAUUUGCUUUCAAGAAAGAUACAGGAGAUACAAGAGAGUCUCCAGCAAUACAAGUUUGUCGUUACUUAAUGGACGAGGGAGCCAAAAUAAGCAUUUAUGAUCCAAAAGUAGAAAAAUCCCAGAUAAGAGCGGAUCUUUCUCAUCCGAGUAUAUGCUCUGAUCCUGAUGAAGUUGACAGAUUAGUAGAAAUACACGAAGAUCCAUACAAAGCCGCGAUAGAUUCUCAUGCAAUAGUUAUUUGUACGGAAUGGGAUGAAUUUAUCGACUACGAUUAUGCUAAAAUAUAUGAUUCAAUGCUAAAACCUGCAUUUAUUUUCGAUGGAAGAAGUAUUCUAAAUUCUGACAAACUUUUGGAAAUUGGUUACCACGUUCGUGUUGUUGGUAUGAAAAUAAAAAAUGGCUAUGGAACCUUAUCAAAUGAUAAUCAAGAACAAGGUCGAAUUAUUGAUGAAAUGGAAUUUCUUUCUAUAAUCCUCGGACUUGCAAUCGGAAUAUUAUUGACACUUUGCCUGCAAAUUUGGAUUUUUGGAAAAUGGUUUAAAGCCCAACCUAGGAAGAAACCUACAGAAUUCUGUCUACACGAUGGUUUCAGUUUACCAUCGGAUAUUAUGAAUUUAUUACUGCUGGACGAAAAUCGUAAAAAAUAUGACAACACUUGCAUUUGUUUAAAUCUUAUUGCACAAUUCUUGUUCAGAGAAUGGAGAGACACAUCAGAGUUAAGACGCUGGCUUACAAGAAGAUUGAAUAAUGAAUUUGCUGAUAUGUUGAAAAGAAAAAGUGCUGUUCUAAUUGAAAAUAUAGCAGUUAGGGAAUAUAGUGUUGGAAAGUUGCUACCAAUUGUCAAGUCCGCUAAACUUCAAAACUGUAAAUUACACGAGCAAUCGAAGCUAUUAGAGGAAGUUACUAUUAUUGUCGAUGUUGAUUAUGAUGGCGGCUUUGCCCUGUCCUUAGACGUAGACUUGAAAUUUGGUCAUUGUGUUCAUUUAUCUGUGAUGAUUUUAAAACUAUCUGGUACGGCAAGAUUACAAUUGAGCAGGCAACCGUAUACCCAUUGGUCCUUUUCUUUCUGUGAUGAUCCGCAACUAGAUUUGAAAGUUGAACCUCUUUGGGAAGCCAAACCGGUUAUGAGUGUUGCGUCAAUAAUAGAAAACCAGGAAUUUUGUGUUCACAAAUAUGAAGUAAUGGUAAAAGUUGAAGUUAUAAACCAAGAAAGUUUGGCUGAAAGUCAUGGGAUUAAGAAAGGUGAUCUUCUUCUAUCAUUAAACAAUGUUAAGAUCAAAGAUUCUCGACAUGCUGCUAAUUUAAUUCGAAAUUGUGGUGAAAAACUGCAAUUCCGUAUUGAAAGGUGCAUAAGAAAUAAGAACUCUCUAAGAGAAGCAGAUAUAGAAAUUGAAGAGACAUUGAUAAGUGGAGUAAAUAAAUCAGAACCCUUUGUCGGAAUCUCAAUGACUGAGAAAAAAUUAGUACAAAGUCCUGCUGAUGAAUUAAACAUAACAAAUCGAAAAGAGAGAAGCAAAAAUGAGGAAGCUGAAGAAAAUAGAACUCAAAAUAAACAAGGUGAAUCAUCUACAUUAUCUGUUGACGAGAUGGAAUUGGAGGAUAUCAAUAUAUGUGAUGUAAAAAAAACCAAAGUUGUUUCUUUCAAAGAGAAUCCUCAGUUUGAUGAUGAGAUGACGUUUAAUGUGGAGGAUGAACAUAAAUAUCUCAAUGUUUGUUUGUGGUGUAAACUUUCUUCAAAAGAUGACAAACAACAUCAACGUUCCUUAAAUUGUGACAAUGACGUUUUGCUUGGCUAUGCUUCUAUUCCCUUGAUGUCAAUUGCUAUAGAGUGCAUGCACACAAGUCGUGGAAACGCCAGAUUGCGCUAUCCCUUUACUGCUGCUGAAUCGAAAUACGGAAAUAGGCAAAAAACGCUAAGUAAUCAUCCUGGAUACGAUGAGAGCUUAACAGGUGGAGAUAUAACUCUUGGAUUCGUUUAUGAGAAUGCUAAAUUUGACGAGAAAGAAAGAAGGAGGGUGUCAGCUGAGCAAGUUAAAAAACCGACACAGCCACAUAUUCCUGCCAAAACAAUAAGCUCCAUCAAUCAAGAAUGUCACAACUUUAUUCAAACGCAUUUCCAGACUAGAACUUUUUGCAACAUUUGUGAAAAAAAGAUUUGGUUAAAAGAUGCAAUGAAAUGUUCAAAUUGUCAUCUUGUCUGUCACAAAAAAUGUGUAGAAAGAGCCAGAUUGAGUAAAUCUUGUGAGAAAUGUAAAUAUCAGCAAUCUAACUCAGAGGCUGCACUCACUGCCCCAUCAACUCCAGUCAACGAGCGUCGACAUAUACAAGCUAUUAGUUCAGCUGUCUCAUCUAAAUCUGAAACAAUUAAACGAUCGUUAUUGAGUAAGUUCAAGAGAGAUGGAAAGAAACCACAAAUCAUUGUCACUCACGACGACGACAAUUUAUCAGCAACUGGUGACGACUCGCAAUUAAUAAUUCCAGAACAUAUGCCUGAAAGGAAACGACAAAAUUCGGAAACUGAGAAAGAAACUGAUGAGGCACUUUCAAUGGGUACUAACGAUUUAGAGGAAACUGACAGUUACGAGAAACCACAAAGUCUAAGAGCUGCAGACGACCUGCCUACAUCAAAUAUUACCUCUCGGAAACGAUUUCAAGACUCUGAGGAAACAGCGGUAAUAAAGGCAAAAGAAAUGGGUGCUGAACUAUUAGCUGAUUUGCCACCAGAUGAAAGACGCCAAAAACUUGAUGUCAUGAUAAAUAAACUGCAAAAGGAGUUAGAUGAGGAGAGUGAGAGAAAAACCGACUUUCUGCAGCAACAACGGAUUUGUACGGAUGCAUUUAAAAAAUCCAAAUAUGGUGAUAUAAUACAGAAAAGCGAGGAUAAAAUCCAAGCUAUGAGUAUUCUGAUGCUUCACUAUUGCUCAGGAUUACAACAUGCCCUUGAUCAACUUGAAGUUGAGAAGGAAAAAGAGAACGAAAAAAACAUUGAAAAAAUUGUCGCUCUUAUAAGUUUCGAUAGCGAUUUUGUAAGGUUUAACAAAGCCUCGAAAAAAGAUCAAGUUAUGGAAGAAAUCAAAGAGGAGAAUACAAACGAAGAGAAAAGCGAAGUUAAUAGCGUGAAUAACGAUUAA